GUUAUUAUACUAUAAACCGGUUAAUAUAUAAUGAUUAUUCUUUAAACAAAUUUGUUAAAAAUAUUUUAUAUUUGUUAUGUACAUGAUUUUGAUUAUAUACGAGAAAUUUUAAAAUAAUUCUAAAAAAUAAAAAUAGAAGUAGAAUAGAUAUAUUUAGGUUAAAUUGUUCCAUUGGUCCCAAAUUUCGUAUGAAAAUUUGAAUUUGGUCUCUCAUUUGAAAAAAGUGUUAAAUAGGUCUCUAAUUUUGGAAAGUUGUCUCAAUGAAGUUUCUUCCGUUAAAAAUGCAGAAACAAUGUUAAGAGCACAGUGACGUGGAAAUGGUAGACUGAAACGUGUCAUUUAUAUUUAAAUUUAUUGAAAAACAGUUCAGAAUUGCUAUAUAUAACUGCAAUUAAUCAUUCAUAAACCCCUGUGUUCAUCUUGCUGCGUCUGCGUGUGGGGAAAAUGUCGUGUGGACAGUGUUCAUCCUGCAAUGGUGGCGAAAAUCAAAACCUAAGUGCGUCGUUUUGUGGUGGAAGUGGGUCUACAGAUUUGGGCGUGUCAGUGAUGUGCUAUUGUGGAGAGAAAGCAGCAUUGAGAACUGCAAGAACAUUGAAGAACAAGGGCAAAAAAUUUUGGGGCUGCCCUAAGUAUAAGAGUGGAAGUGAUCAAUGUGGUGACUGCAAUUAUUUCAAAUGGUUUACUGAUAAUGAGAUCGAGGAAAAGGGUUGGAGCAGUCAGAAAAUUGAAGGAAUGGGUGGUGGGAAGCUGAAAAUUGAAGAAAUGGGUUGUGAUGGGAAGCUGAGUAUCAAGAACGUUGAAGAAAUGGGUUGUGGUGGGAAAAAGAAUGCAGAAAAGGCUGCUGCAGUGAGGUCUGUGGUGGCAGAAGAAAUGGAGAAAUGUAUGAAGUCAAUUGAAAACACUGCUGCAGUGAGGUCUGUGGUGGCAGAAGAAAUGGAGAAAUGUAUGAAGUCAAUUGAAAAUAGGCUAACAGUGUUGACAGUGGUAGUUGGAGUUUUGUGUGUAUUGAAUAUCAUUGUAGUGUAUGUGUUGGUUACAAAAGCAUGAGUCUUUUUUUUAGUUCAUGUACGUGGUUUGUGUUGUUAUUGUAAUGUUUUAUUAUGAAUGAAAAGUUUUCGAACCUGUAGUU